AUGGUGACCACAGUAGCUCACAGUAGCCGGAUGGUGACUGGGGGUGCUCACAGUAGCCAGAUGGUGACCACAGGUGGCCACUGUGGGGCUGGAGGUGCUCACAGUAGCCAGAUGAUGACGGCAGGUGGCCCCCGCGGGGCUGGGGGUGCUCACAGUAGCCAGAUGAUGACCGCGGGUGCUCACAGUAGCCAGAUGAUGACCACGGGCGGUCACAGUAGCCAGAUGAUGACCGGGGGUGCUCACAGUGGCCAGAUGGUGACCGUGGAUGCUCACAGUAGCCAGAUGAUGACCGCAGGUGGCCCCCGCGGGGCUGGGGGUGCUCACAGUAGCCAGAUGAUGACCGUGGGUGCUCACAGUAGCCAGAUGAUGACGGCGGGUGGCCCCCGCGGGGCUGGGGGUGCUCAGAGUGGCCGGAUGAUGACCGUGGGUGCUCACAGUGGCCAGAUGGUGACUGGGGCUCACAGUAGCCAGAUGAUGAAGGCAGGUGGCCCCCAUGGG